CCGUCGGUCCCGCUGCUCUUGCUGAGCGACUCCAAACAGUCUCGGAUAAAACACUCAAAAAGAAGCUCGUGAGGGGAGACCCGUGAAGACCGCCGCUGUGGUUCUGCAGCAGGAUUCUCCUUCCAUAGGUUUCGUUUGACUCUCCACUGGACUUCUCAGGUCCUCUUUUGAGGGGGUUUUCCUCGGUUCCCCGGCGGACUGGUCACCUGCAGACUGCGGACCAUGCGCUCCCGGGCUGCGCGCCCCCGGUUUGCCUCCCUCGUCUUUCUUCUUUUCCUUCAACCUGUUUUCUGCUCUUCUCGACCUCAAUGGAUGCUCCAGCGGGUCCCGGUGGUCCUCCCCCAGCAGACGGAGGUCCGACCAGCCCCCCACUUCCUGUCUCCGGCCCGUUUGGACGUCAACUCUUCCUGUGACCCAGAAUGCCACAAGAAAGCUCCCCGUCCAAGCUACUGGGACCUGCGGCAGCAUCUGGCCUACGAGACGCUCCACUCGGACGGUCAACUCACCGAGACCGCCAUCGGGAUCUACGGCUACAACCCCGGCUCUGACACCAGUUCAGCCUACUCCUCUCCUGGGUCUUCUGGUAAACCUCAACGAUCGCAUGUCAGAAGAAAGCGACAGAUCUUUGGCCAUGAUGGGCGUUUCAGCAUUGCUGGGCAGAAUUUCCUGCUCCAGUAUCCGUUUUCGGUGGCAGUCAAACUGUCCACAGGGUGUUCUGGAACGCUGGUGGGAGACCGCCACGUUCUCACGGCAGCUCAUUGUGUCCACGAUGGUAAAAACUACGUGAAAGGAGCCCAGAGACUCCGGGUUGGCUUUUUGAAGCCAAAGCAACGAGACACCCAACCUUCCCACUUCCUUCUGUCUAACUUCACCAACCACGUUGAAGGAGGCCCGGGCCUCUACGCCCCACCGACCAACGACAAGAUGAAGUUCCAGUGGAUCAGAGCCAAACGCACCCAUGUUCCCAAAGGGUGGAUUAAAGGCAAUGCCAACGAGAUCGGAAUGGACUAUGACUACGCUUUGCUGGAACUCAAGAAACCCCACAAACGCCGCCAUAUGAAGUUGGGGGUCAGCCCUCCUGCUCAGAGACUGCCUGGUCGGCGGGUCCACUUCUCGGGAUAUGAUAACGAUCGUCCAGGGCAGCUGGUGUAUCGGUUUUGUCCGGCUGGCGAGGAAACUUCAGACCUGCUGUACCAGCACUGCGACGCUCAGCCCGGGGCCAGUGGCUCAGGAGUCUACGCCCGGAUGUGGGAUGGGCGGCGGCAGCGCUGGGAGCGGAAGGUGAUCGGCGUGUUUUCUGGGCACCAGUGGGUAGAGCGACAAGGGGCGUCUCAGGAAUUUAAUGUCGCUGUGAGAAUCACGCCUCUUAAAUAUGCUCAGAUCUGCUAUUGGAUUAAAGGAAACUUUGUGGACUGCAGAGAAGGGUGAAGGAAAAUGAGACGAGCAAGGACCAAAUGGAGUGAAGCUAC